UUAAGUAACAAUCUAAUUACUGCUUGUUGCUACUACAAUUGGUAGUUGCUAUGCCAACAAGUAAUCAUUGUUGUGUCCAAAGAGAAAGUUAAAAAACACUUUUGCAAUAUGGACGUGCUUUCGCAUUACAGCUCUCCCGUGAUUGAAUUUCCGGCUUCUCAGCCGUUAGAGAAGCAAAAUGCUCUAGUGGAUAAUUGCACCGGCACAGAUCCGCCACCUCCAAGCGCAGACGUUGCAACCGAAACGCAGGAGAAGCAGAAUGCGGCAACACAAACGGAGCAGUUUUGCAGCAGUCAAAGCGCCAAAUACGAUGAGCGCGCCUUGGCCAAAUGGUUGCGACAGAUCUGUCCGCAGGUGGAGCAGGAGUUGAGUCAGCCGACGCCACUCCUCGAUGAGCAGGAGACGAGUCAGUGUGCGUUGCAGGAGCAGCUGCAGGUGCACACCUACCAGAAUCUAUCAAUGGCCAGUAUUGAGAAUUCACAGGGAUUGGCUAUUUGGUUGAGCGUGCACACGAACAAUGCACCCGUGCUAGUCGCCACAACGGUGGCGCCCCACGACGACUGGUGUGAACAUAUGGAACAGCAGCUGAAACUCUUUGUGCCACAGCGUAUGUCCCACGGUAGCUUUGUGGCCUACACGGAGGCUAAAGCUCUGCCUCUCAAAUCUUGUCUGCGCAGCUUGUGCACGAAUGAAUUCAAUAAGAACAUAUUUGCCGGCGCCACUAUGGAUGGUGAGCUCUUUGUCUGGCUAUAUGAGCAGGCACGCGGUGGCAUUGACUCCAGUGUAGAGAUUAAGCAGCUGCACAGCGUCUCCUCCACACAAGGCGCCGCUGUGGCGCUGGAUUGGGUAACGGAGCAGCGACUGCUCGCCUGCUACGCCAAUGGAACGGUGUUGCAGUGGAUGGUCACCAAGCAAAUGACCCUAGACUGGGAAUAUUCUGUGCCGACGUCAGUUGGCGCGGAGCUAACGACUAUGCUGUCGCUGGGAUUGGAUGACAUUGUGCUGGGGACCAGCUGUGGCGGCGUCUAUCGCUGCUGGAGCCCGGGCCGUCAGCCGGCUUGCGAUAGAACCAGCAAGCAGCUACAGCUGCUUCCUUUGCGUAAGCAUCGUUUCACGGUGUCCACACUGCUCAAAACCGAAAUGGAUGGCCAUCAGAUUGUGGUCAGCUGCGAUCUGAGUGGACAGGCCUACUAUCAUGAUAUGCGGCACGAGGAGGAGGACACCGCCCAGUUGAUUGUCCAAAUACCGCUGCCCUUCAAGAAUGCCAUCGCCUGCAGUCGCGAUGCCAACAUUAUAUAUUGUCCAAGCAACGAUGGCGCCUUGGAGUAUUAUAGGGUCAGCGAUGGCGCCCAUGCUCAUGUCAAGGGAGCUCUCCGCGGUCGUGGCAAUCUUAUUUGCAUCAGUGACAAUGGUUGCUGGCUAAUUACGGGUCUCUAUGGCAAUGAAUUUCAGAUAUUCUAUAUCGAAAACAAUUCCAGCGAUUAAAUAUAUUUAUUUUUAUUUUAUA